AUGUUUGAUCCAAUGCACCCCGGCGAAGUUCUGAAAGAGUCUUACCUGGAGCCUUUGGAGCUGAGCGUUACCGAAGCCGCCGAACGGCUGGGCGUGGCCAGGAAAACCCUGUCCGCCCUGGUGAACAAAAAAUCAUCGGGCGGGGUGGGCAAGACCACCCUGACCGCCAACCUGGGCUAUGGCCUGGCCAUGCUGGGCAAGCGGGUACUGCUGAUUGACCUGGACCCGCAGGGACACUCCACCACGGUGUUUGGUGACCAGGGCGCAGCGCAUACCGUUAAAGAGCUGUUCGAGAGCCACUCAAAACUGGGGAUUAAGGAUCUGGUAAUGCCCGGCCAGGUGGACGGGGAGCCGGUGGCGAACCUGGACAUUGUUUCGUCCAAUAUCAAGCUGGCGGUGUCGGCGGAGAACCUGGCAGCGCGGAUCCACCGGGAGAAGGUGCUGGCCAAUGCCCUGGCGAAGGUGAACGGGGAUUAUGAUGUCUGCCUGAUUGACUGCCCGCCGACCUUGGGCGUGCUGGCGGUGAAUGGCAUUUAUGCCGCCGACCGGUUCCUGAUCCCGGUCACUUAUGGUCGCUAUGCCCUCGAUGGGGUGGCGGAUCUGUUCGCCAUUAUCAGCACGGUGCGGGAGACGGAGUCGUUCGCCUACACCAUCAUCCGCAACGGGUACGACAGCCGCACCAAGACCACCAAUGACUUUAUCGAGGAGCAGCUGGCGCCGUUUGCUGACAACGUGGCCGCCACCCGUAUCCGCAAAACGGAGUCCAUCAACCAGGCGGCCAUUAAUGGCGAACCGGUGUUUACCUUUGAUGCGAAGAGUAACGGGACUGCGGAUUUUGAAGCCCUGACACGGGAAAUUGCAGGUUUGGAAGGGUGA